UCAUGCCUGCUGCCAGGUCCAGGAGUCUCUCAUGGGUCCCGGUACGGCCUCCCAUUGCUGCUGGUCUCCAUCGCCACACUCUUCCAUGUGCCACUUUCAGGUCUCCUCACCACUGCUGGUGUGUUCCAUUUUUUGCUCAUAGGGUGCUGGCAGAUUAUGGGCCUCCCAUAGGCUGCUGCCAGGCCCCUAAUCUGCCAUGGGCCCCCUAUACCGCCUCCUCAUGCUGCUGCCAGGUCCAGAGUCUCUUCUCAUGGUCCCUGUACGGCCUCCCAUUGCUGCUGUCUCCAUCGCCACACUCUGCCAUGUGCCACUUUCAGGUCUCCAUCACACUGCUGGUGUGUUCCAUUUUU